AGAGAGAGAAAGAGAGAUAUCGCCAGUUAAUAGCCCCAGCCAGCCAGCCUUCUCUGCCUGUCAGCGGGAUGAUCGCACCAUGAACCGGGACCCCGUUCCUUCCCAGCGGAGCCGCAUCGUGAUGACUGUCCGCGGGCACAGCUGUAGCCCCGUGACGCUUCACAUUCCCUCCGUCCAGUAGCGGAUUUCUCUGUGCGGAGCCGGAGCCUUGGCGCACGCAUCCACGCUCUCACGCACUCGCUGGCUGCCUCUGUGGCGCGCACUUUGCCCCGAGACGUUCUUCAGAGACUUCUCCGAUCUCCGUCCUUUCUUUCUUCUGAGGAUUUUGAAACUUGAGCGACUUAACCGUCGCAGGCAGAGAACAAAAGGCGGACAGCGUCGGUGCGGUGAAUGUAGUCUACAGAGGGGCGCACAGCGGUGCUGCUGGACCGGCCGAGAACGCACCAAGUCCCGUCCCACACCCCCGUUUCACCCCCGGUUGUCCCGAACGCGGCCAACAUGAUUGUCCUCUGGAUUGUGCUAAGUCUUUUCUUCUCAGGUGUGUUGCCAGCCUCAGCACCGGUCUUCCCCUUCCCUCCCUCCUUCACUGACUGUGUUGAAGCCCAUCGAGUGUGCUCCACCGACCCCCGCUGUGAGGCAUUGUACCGGGGCCUGGAGCUGUGUGCGGCUGACGCAGAGGUGUCCCCGCUGGGGGAGCAGGCGGCUGCAGAGUGCCUGGAGAGACAGGACGCUCUGCUGAAUAAACACCCCGCUCUCCUGGCCUGCAAGUGCCAGCGUGGCUUCCGCAAGGAGGAGCAAUGCCUGCGCAUCUACUGGAGAGUUCGCCUGCUGCCAGGCGAGGACGAGCUUGAAAUAUCCCCCUAUGACGACACAAUGAUGGAUACACGCAUGGCUUCCUUAGUGGCAGCCUCAUCCUACAUGCAGCUGGAUGGUGAGAACCAGUGUCUGAAGGCGGCACAGGACUGCGGCCUGUACGAGAAGUGUGGUUCUCUGCGAUCAGAGUACGUGCUGGCCUGCACCAAACGGGCUCCCGGGACCAACCGGUGCAACCAGCACAAGUGCCACCGGGCCCUGCGGCGCUUCCUGGAGCGGGUGCCUGAGGAGUACAGCCUGGGAGUCCUGUUCUGCCCCUGCACCAACACCCUGUGUGGGGAGAGGAGGAGGAAAACCAUUGUCCCGUCCUGCUCCUACCAGGAGAUGGAAGGGCUGCAACCCAACUGCCUCCACCAGCAGAGCUUCUGCCGCCGGGACGACCUCUGCAGGUCCAGACUGGCUGAUUUCCUCAAUAACUGCCAGCCGUCUCCUGUGACGGGCAGCGGCUGCCUGAAAGACUCAGCAGGCCUGUGCCUCCGAGCCUACGCCGGACUCAUUGGUACCAUCAUGACACCCAACUACAUCAGCAACGGCUCUGCAGACGUGUCGCUGUGGUGUAACUGUGAAGGUAGCGGCAACCAGUGGCAGGACUGUCUGAGACUGCAGCGCAUGUUCACCCACAACAGCUGCCUGCGUAACUCUAUCAGCUGGAUGGGGAGCCCCGGCUCCCUGCCGGCAGACAUCACCCCCCCCCCUGCUCCCAGGCCCUCCCCGCUGGUUCAGGAGGAUGAGCUGCUGAGCAACAACCACCUGCCUGAACACAACAACAUCCUGGUGGAGAGUGAGGAAGAGGAGGAACUGACCCAGACAGAGGUGGAGGGGGAUGAGGGGGGCCAGUUUGACGUCAUCCCGCUGUACUCGGAGAGGGCCACCGUCUCCAACCUGGGCUCCCCGGGGACAGCCGGGGCUGCAUCCGUCCCCGCCGGCCCUCCUAACACCAUACUACUGCUCCUGCUUCUGUUGGCCUCGCUCAGCUGGGUCUAGAACCCAGGACGUAAAGAAGACACACACAUACAUACACACAGACACACACACACACUCAUGUAUGAUGGACCUGCCAACAAUCCUGGACUGAUCGCUGUAAAAUCAUAGGACACAUAGUGAAGAAAUGGACUUCACAUUUUGUCAGUAGCAUCCUCUUGAUUCCUCACUUCUGUCCUUGCUUCCUUUCUUUCCUCUUUUGAAAAUGGCACUUUGAACAACAUAGUGUGAUUGCAGCACAGUGGUGUAUUAACAAAGGGCCUAGCCGUGGUAGGUGUCAUAUGCAGCCAUCCACCAAUGAGCAUGACGUAGCAGCUCCUGUCAGAAGCUCAGAACAAUGUUCAUUUGCGUGGCUUGUUGUUAGCAGGCCGAGGUGCGUUAGCAGGAGGAUACAUCGGCUUGUCAUAUCAUACACAUAUUAACUGCUGCAGCUGAGUAGAAAAAAAUACUGCUCACAUCAGCCUCUUAAUCAUCAGAAGUGAAUAUUCAUUUCUGACAGCAAUGAUAUCUCCCAAAGAAACAAACUGGUGCCAAAAUGGCUGCAAUUGCUGACAAUUCAACAUGAUAAAACACAUGAUAUUAAACCCGACUCAAGUAUUAAAAAAAAGAGCUGCAUAGCUUGCACAGUUAAUGCGUGGUUUAACUUGUUAGCAAAAGGCUAUGAUAUGUACCAUAGUAACCAUAGUACAGUGUAGUCAGACUUUUUUUAACUUGGUGACAUGCACAUAAUAUUCUUGUUUUUGCCCUUAUUCUAAAAAGGACAAUAUUCCGACUAAGUUGUUGACAUGGCGAAUGAAAGUGAAUAUUCCACUAAUUUUCCUGUUUACAUGCAGCUGUGGAAAAUAGGACCUUUCAAUAUUGUCAUAUUCGGAAUAGUAUUAGAAAUAUUAGUGUGGAUGUAAAUGUAGUCGUUGAUGGAUGAUGAUUUGUCCCAGUGGUUGCAAGCAACCUGUCUCUGGGUCAACCUAACAAUGACUGAAGGGGGAGUGGGCAUUGAUACAUGAUGCAUCAGACUAACUUCAUCACAGUGAUGGAUGGAGUGAUGCUCCUCUCCCUGCUGUCCCUGUUCUACAGCCAUGGCCAAUGACAAAUCACACACUCGUCUCUCAUUGUUUAAUGAACAUCAAGUGCCAAGUGUAUGAUGUGUGUGUUUGUGUUUGUGCGUGCGUGCAGGGAUCAGGCAGAGAGACUACAGAGGAAAUUGGGUAAAGCUUUUUGUUAUAAUUUGAGUUCCCAACAACGUCAGCAUAGCCACACACAAACACACACACACACACACACACACACAUUCACAUUUGCACACAUUCUGCCUGCCAUGUAUUGAGCCGAUGCAGCUCUUUCUUGCUUUAUUGCUCUAUCCCCGUCUCUAUCUCCCUCCCCGAUGACUCGGGCUCGGGACCCGAGCUGCCACAGGCAGCGAUAUGAAUAAAGCCGUCAUAAUAAAAACAACACACCAGAAACAAUAUGAGCUCUAAAACGAUA